AUGCAAUUGCUUCCCCACGACACCGUUGAGGAUAUUCUUGAGAGAGUUCCGGUGAAAUCUCUGCUCAGAUUCAAGUCUGCUUGCAAACAAUGGAAGUUGACAAUCGAAUCUCAAUAUUUCCAGGCGAAACAGUUGAUCUGCUCAGCUGGCGGGAAAGAUCUAAAUCUUGUAUUGGUGUCUGAAGUACCCAGUACGUUGGUGUUGCCCCAUCAUGUUACUGCUGAUUCUCCUCCACUUAAAACUAACGUGUUGUUGAUAUCAUCAGAACGAUAUCAUAUUUACCAACUUUUCCACAAUAGUUGUGACGGUCUUGUUUGCCUCUUUGAUUACCAAACCUUAAACAACAUUGUUUAUAAUCCCGCCACUCGAUGGCAUCGACGUUUCCCUGUUUCCAGCACCAACACUUGGAGGUAUAUCAAUCCUUCUUCUCCUUAUCGGAUUAAUACUUCCUCGUCUCGGGGGCAUGCUCUGUAUGUAGAUGGAUCGCUUUAUUGGUUAACCGGGAAGAAAGAAAUUAAAGUUUUAGCGUUAGAUCUCCACACCGAAACUUUUCAAGUUAUCUCUAAAGCUCCUUUUGCGGAAGCAGAUCAUAGAAACAUUAUCACACGCAGCCUGAAUAACCGUUUGUGCUUAUCGGUUAGUAAACCUCUCCAACAAAUGAUAAUAUGGUCGUUCAAUUCAGAGAACAAGACCUGGGAACAAAUAUAUUCGAUAGUGAAUCGUAGUGUUACGCAAUCAUUACCAGUAGCCAUUUUGGAGAAGAAUAAGCUUUUGUGUUGUCCUAGAUCAAAUAGUAGACAGCUGAUGAUAUAUGAUAUCAAAACCAAAUCUGUUGAUUCAGUUUCCAUAGGCACCUAUCGUUGCGGAGAUAGUGUUUUUUGUUAUUUCGAGAGUUUAAUCUCUAUAUUGUAA